AUUUUUUUCCAUUCGAAUUAUUUUUGCACACACACAAAAAAUUUUGAAGUAGUAUUAUUAAUACAUUGGCUGGCCAAAGAUGACGACGGCAUUAACAACUGUACCAGGACGUGCCUUACACUAUGUCUUCAAAAUUGGCGAUCGGGCGAAAAAUGCCUUCUUCUUCCGUGAUAUCUUAGGAAUGAAGAUUUUGCGUCACGAGGAGUUCAAGGAGGGCUGCGAUGCUGAAUGCAAUGGACCCUACGACAAUCGCUGGAGCAAAACAAUGGUCGGCUAUGGCCCAGAGAGUUCACACUUUGUUAUCGAACUGACAUACAAUUAUGGCGUCAAGAGCUACGAAAUGGGCAACGAUUUUGGUGGCGUCACCAUUCACUCGAGCGAGAUUGUGCGACGUGCCACUGAGCAUUCGUAUCCCAUUAGCAAGGUGAAUGACGGGCAUUUGCUUACCUCACCGGAUGGCUAUCGUUUCCAUGUGCUGGACAAGCCAUUGCCCACCCUCAAUCGUGAUCCUGUGCAGAGUGUUGAAUUGCUAGUCACCGAUUUGGCUGCCUCCCGUCAGUAUUGGCAUGAUCUACUCAAAAUGCAGUUGCUUGAGCAGCACGAUCAUUCGCUGCUCCUGAGCUAUGGCGAGCUGCAGGCUAAGCUGCGUUUGACACGCAUCAAUGAGCCACUGAAUCGCGCCAAGGCCUAUGGGCGAAUAGCCUUCGCUGUGCCCUCCUCCGUCCAGCCUCCCCUGCAUGAGGCUGUCAAGGCAGUGAAUGGGACCAUACUCAAGCCUUUGAUCACUCUCGACACACCGGGCAAGGCAACUGUUUCCGUGCUGAUAUUAGCCGAUCCCGAUGGCCAUGAGAUUUGCUUUGUCGACGAGGAAGGCUUCACCCAACUGUCGCAAGUGGAGCCCGAUGGUAGCGAACGUUUGGACAAGAACAUUGCCAAGGAUCCCUUUCAGGAGGGCAACGAAAACGUUGAACAAGCCUGAACACAUCCCCUAUAUAUCCCCGAUAUCUAUAUAUACACACAUGUAUUUUUUUUCCAAUUUACCUAUCUGAUAUUUCUAUAAUACGUAAUAUGCAAUAUUAUUUUGUGAUGGUUGCGUCUUAGACCAUGGUUAAAUAUAUAUGUAUAUCAGAAUGUUGCACACUCUGGUGAUUGUUCUACACAA